GCCGGCACGUUCCCCUCCCUCCCACCCAAGCCACCCUCUCCUAGCUACCUCACCGUCUCGCCGGCCGCCGGCGCCACACGGAGCUCCGCCGCCGCGCGGCGACGGAGCGCGAGAUUACCCGCGCUUUCGUUCUCCCGGGGCUGCCGCUCACCAUCUGUUCAAGUGAAUGCUCCGGAGAUCAAUAGUUCCUUUUUUCUCCGAUGAUGAUUAUCUCCAAUAAGCGCAUGCGACCAACAGGGUUUGAGGACAUCACCAGUGACGGGAUCAGCAGCCUCCCCAAUGAGAUUCUCCACCACAUCCUGUCUCUCAUGCCUGCACGGGAAGCAGUGCAGACAUGUGUGCUGUCAACGAGGUGGCGCUAUGUUUGGAAAUCUUUGCGAUGCCUUAAAAUUGAGGGACCCGAAUUCUCCAGCAUGGAGAGAUUUGUAGAGUUCAUGGACAACUUACUACUGGAGCGUGACUCUGUCCCUCUAGACAGCUUUUGCCUUGUCAGCUGGAGCAAUGGUGCUCACUGUCUCAACCAUCCUAGAGCCAACCAGUGGAUCUCCCAUGCUCUUACUAACAAAGUUUGUGUGCUUCGGGUAGUUGAGUACUAUGAGCUAUUUAAUCUAGAUCCCUAUCCAUUCAUUUCAGUGCAUCUGAAAGUACUCAGUCUCAAUUGUGUUUUCAUCAGCGCCCUCUUCAUUGAGAAUCUCCUUUCUAACUGUCCAGCAUUGGAAGAUCUAACAAUGAUAGGCAGUCGUGUUCUUGCCACCAAAUUUUCUUCUCGCACUCUGAAGAAUUUAACCUUUAUCUCACUUGGCCCCAAUGACGAUUACGAUGUUCAUGAUGAUUUUGAAGAUCUUGUGAUAGAUACCCCUAAUCUCGUUUCACUGCAUCUGGAAGACCUUGCACUUUUAGCUCCUUGCCUUGUUAAUGUUUCAUCUGUGGUAAAGGCCUCCUUUCGUUUGGACGAGGAGUGUUUCUCCAGUUCUGAUGCAAACUGCAACAUUCUCAGUGCUCUGUCAAAUGUUAUGAAGUUGAAGUUGGUGUCUCGACCUGACAAUGGCACUUCUCAGGAGACGGAGACGGUAAGCAAGGUACUAAGAAGAGAUCUCUGGAGGUGCCAGGCAUUCAGCAACCUGAAAUCCUUGUCUGUUGGUGACUGGUGUGUGGAUGCUGACCUCAGUGCGCUGCUCUACUUUCUUAGACGCUCGCCUGUCUUAAAGAAACUUGUCUCAGUGCGGCUGGAGCUUCUGGUUGGGGCCACCAAAGGCACAACCUGAAGUCUAAGAAAACAGACAUGUCGUUUAAUUGUGAACAUCUUAAGAGGGU